AACAAGCUCGCAACCUCAAAGGCAUCUGUCAACCAGCCCGACAACCAAUUGACCUCCCCCUCCACCCCCUCCCUGUCGACAGUCACAACAACACCGGCACCUACCAUCCGAGAUGGCGCCCCACGGUGAAAGCGACGAGUAUCACCCGGGUGACGCUCUCGCAGCAGGCGUCAAGGGCGCCAUGAUCACGGGUGCUGCAGGCCUCUUCGCCGCCAGUGUCAAAAACGCGACGCGCAAGACGAACGUCGGCGCCCUGAGCGUCUUCACCAAGAGCGGUGGAUUGAUCUUCACAUUCACUGCCGUCGGCGGUACCUUCGAAUUCUUUAAACAAGCGUCUGCAAACCUGCGCCAGAAGAACGAUCACUACAAUGCCGGUAUUGGCGGCUUUCUUGCCGGCUCUUUACUAGGCAUGAGAAGUGGUCGCAUGUCCGUCAUCCUGGGGUACGGUGCCGCCACUUCGGUAGCGCUGAGCCUCUUCGAAUACUCAGGCGGCAGUCUGAGAGGAAAGACGCCCGAGAUAGCAGGCAUGGAUGCUGCCGAGAGGAGAGAUUACCUGCGGAAGAUCCGGAGGAAGCCGAUUGAGGAGACAUUGGAGGGAGUGGGCGAGGGUCGAGGAAUUCAACCACCAGGCUACCAGGAGCGUCGGCGGGAGAGGCUCAAGGAGAACUACGGCUUUGAGGUCAAUCCUGUGUCAGCAGAUGUGGCAUGAGUGCUGGUUUAUCCUGCUGGCGUGUACAUACUAGAGCUCCCAACCCAGGAGCAGGAUCUGUCAAGGACUGAAUCAAUUUUUGUUUUCUAC